UUGGUGAUUUUUCACCAUUUGCCCCCAGCCGGUGCCGCUUCUUGCUGCGAAGCAUGUCUGGAGGAAUGUGGAGCUCUCUGGGACGACGCCUGCUGAGGUUGAUCUCUGCUCCCGUGCUGGUGGCUGUGAUGUGCUGCGCUCAGAGUGUGAAUGACCCUGGUAACAUGUCCUUUGUGAAAGAAACGGUGGACAAAUUGUUAAAAGGCUAUGAUAUUCGUCUUCGACCAGACUUUGGAGGUUCUCCUGUGUCUGUUGGCAUGAACAUAGACAUUGCUAGCAUUGACAUGGUGUCUGAGGUCAACAUGGAUUAUACUUUGACAAUGUACUUUCAACAGUACUGGAGAGACAAGAGACUAGCUUAUAGUGGAAUCCCUCUCAACCUCACUCUGGACAAUCGAGUAGCAGAUCAACUGUGGGUUCCAGACACAUAUUUUCUUAAUGACAAGAAGUCCUUUGUACAUGGAGUUACAGUAAAAAAUCGUAUGAUCCGCCUUCAUCCAGAUGGGACAGUUUUAUAUGGUCUGAGGAUCACUACAACAGCUGCCUGCAUGAUGGAUUUAAGAAGAUACCCUUUAGAUGAGCAGAAUUGUACUCUUGAAAUAGAAAGCUAUGGAUACACAACAGAUGACAUUCAGUUUUACUGGAGAGGAGGUGAUAAUGCUGUCACUGGUGUUGAGAGGAUUGAACUUCCACAGUUUUCCAUAAUGGAUCAUAGACUGGUGUCAAAAAAUGUUGACUUUGCCACAGGCUCCUAUCCCAGGCUCUCCCUAAGCUUUAAGCUUAAAAGAAAUAUUGGAUACUUCAUACUCCAGACCUAUAUGCCAUCCAUAUUGAUCACUAUCUUAUCUUGGGUGUCAUUUUGGAUUAACUAUGAUGCGUCUGCAGCUAGAGUUGCUCUCGGGAUAACAACUGUGCUGACAAUGACUACAAUAAAUACUCAUCUUCGGGAGACAUUGCCUAAAAUCCCUUAUGUAAAAGCCAUAGAUAUGUACUUGAUGGGGUGUUUUGUAUUUGUGUUCCUGGCCCUACUGGAAUAUGCCUUUGUCAACUACAUCUUCUUUGGAAGAGGACCACAAUUGCAAAAGAAGCUUGCAGAGAAGACAGCAAAGGCAAACAAUGAUCGCUCCAAAUUUGAAAGCAACAGAGUGGAUUCUCAUGGAAACAUUCUACUGACAACACUUGAAAUCCACAAUGAAGUGACUGGCAACGAAAUAACCACAAGUGUCACCGAUGUUAGAAACUCAACUACAUCCUUUGAUAACUCAGGAAUUCAGUACAGAAAACAAAGCAUGACACGAGACGGAUUUGGGCGCAGGGCAAUGGACCGAACUGCUCCCCACAACAAGAAAAAUCAUUUGAGAAGACGAUCCUCUCAGUUAAAAAUUAAGAUCCCCGAUCUUACCGACGUAAAUGCCAUAGAUAGAUGGUCGAGAAUGAUUUUCCCAAUCACCUUUUCUCUCUUCAAUCUAAUCUACUGGUUAUACUAUGUCAACUGACAGACUAUGCCUACAAGGACACUCUGUAGUCAAACAAUAACUAGCCUGUCCAUUGUAUGCAAUUAAAGAGGAAAACAAAUAUUCACCUGCAUACAAUGCUGAUAUGAAUGUAUGGGCAAGCACAUGUCAGUGCUUACAUAUGUUCAUACUAACAUGAUUUCCUCGACUAGGGGUCAUUUUUCAAGAUACAAUGAAAUGAACGAUUUUUAAACUUUGAAUAAUGCUGAUCUUCUUAGAUAAACUACAUGCCUUUGGAACAUCUGAAAUACAACUUGAUAUAAAUCUAUUGAAUUCUUACACUCAUAUUCCAAGAAUUAGAACAACAAUCAUUGUCUCGUUGCUUCUACAUAUCUUAAAAAUGUCAAGCGAUACAAUUGUUAUCACUAGUGCAGUGAUGAUGCUUACUAAGAACGAUUUAUAACAUUCUGUUGGUUUGUUUACGCAUGCAAAACUACUUUAACUUUUUUUUUGCUUUUCAUUUGCCUAAUGUACUUAUAACACCUGACGCUUAUUAUUGUUUAUGCUACCAAUGUUCAGUGAUACAUUCUUAAAGCACUGAACUUGAACAAACUGUUGAAUUCCAUUUGUACGCCCUACAGAAUAAUGUACAGUAUAUUUUUUCACUUAUAGACGUUCUAAUCAUCUUGUGAAAACCCACCCAUGCAGCACUUUUUAGAACGUAUUAUUCAUUGUCACUUUCUAGAUCUAAUGUAGAUUUCUUUACCCACAUGGUAUAAGAAAAACAAUGAAAAAUAGAA